CACUCAAGAUCGAAAUGGGGAAAGACCUCGAAAUGACUGAUGAAGAGAGACAAAUGAAGUUAAUGACAACGUUAGAGAACGCUUUUAAUCAGCUACUAGCUUCUCCCUACCAAUCAUUUCAUUCCUUCGUGAGAGCGACAAGUACAGCUCGUGAAUUAAAUAUGCAAGAUCAAUAUCAAGAGGUCUGGAAUCACUGGAGAGAAUCCUGGUCAGUUGGCGAAGCAUUUCAUCUGGAUAGAAUAGCGAAUAUUCCUGAUCAAUCAUAUGAUGAUAAAGAGAAAGCUUUCUUAUCUGCUAUUGAGGAUGUACCUUCUUCCAAGAAGAUAUCACUUCAUUACAUCAACUACCUUCUACAAGGUCAAGCACAGAAUAUAAUGGAGGAUACAUUCAGUGAGGAGCAUAUAAGGCAAACGUUUGUUACUGCAUAUGAAGGCCUGGAGUGGGAUCUCACCGGUAGCUGUGAAAUUUGGGAUUUAUGGAGAGAUUGGGAAAUGAAAUACUUGGAGGCUUCAACUAGCCCAGAAUCAAUACAAAGAUUACAACAAUUCUAUAUUGCUAGACUCAAAAUACCACACUCUAAUCACUCAGAUACUUUCAGUGCAUAUUCUGGAUUUAUCACUAGUUAUGACAAUGCCCAAUAUGAAUCACACAUGGUCGCAGCUAACAAGGACUACAAGAAAGGCCAAAGUAUUUAUGACGAUUACGAUCAGUAUGAAACAUCUCUCAAUUUAAAUCCUUCUGUUGAAGCCUACCAGGCUUACCUUUAUUAUGCACAAGCUCCGAAUGGAAAGCGCAAAUUAGCCAACAACAAGGUAAUCAUGACAUUGUUCGAGAAAGCAACUAGAGAUUGUUAUCCAUUUAGUAGUACUACAGAUGAAGAUGGAAGUGGCCCAUCAGGUUCAAUUGAUGAAACUACUGCUACAAAUAUUGCAACCAUAUGGGAAUCCUAUGUCAAUUGGAUGUUAAAUAACAAAGAGAGACCAGAUAAAACAUUAAACGUGAUUGAACGUUCUGUUAAAGUUUGUCCAUGGUCUGGUGAAUUAUGGGCAGCUUUAAUCAGAGCUAACGAACAGUUUGGUCAUCAGCCUAACAAAGCUGAAGAAACUUAUGCAAGAGCAAUAUCAUCAGGUCUCCUUGAAUCAAGGGUAAAUGACCUAGUAGCUCUAAUUAUAUCAAGGGCUUCCUAUUUGCGUCAUACACUACAAGAUGCAGAUCUAGAAAUUGUAUAUCCUGAAGUAGCCGCUGUUUUGGAAGAUGGCUUGGAAAGAGUCAAAGGUCGUGACACUUACAACAGAGUUGAAAAAAUCGAUGAUGAGACUGCAAAAAAUGCCGCGACACAAAUAUUUCAACGUAUGACCAAAAACAAUGCUCAAAGAACAAAUUAUGCAGUUUGGUUAGAUUGGGCGGCAUUCGAAAUACGUUCAAAGAAUUAUGAUAAUGCUCGAAACAUCUUCAAGUCUGCUACACCACGUCAAUUCAUUGAUUAUCCUGAAGCUAUACACCAAGCUUACAGAGAGUUUGAGGAUCACUAUGGUAGUUUAGAGACUAGACAACAGGCACAUUUUAUUAUAAACAAAGCUAUUGGAUCAUUAGCAGAGCGUCGUGCAAAGGAAGCAGCUCAAGCAUAUGAGAUGUAUACACAACAGCAGCAACCAGCUGUGGCUGUAAACGAGGCGACUAAUCCAAUAGACAUAUCUGAAAACACAACCGGUGGUGUUAAGAGGAAGGCAGACGAAGAUCUCGAUGAUGAAAGCACUAAAAGACACAAGGUACAACAAGCAGUAGAAACGUUAAAGAGGGAUCGUGAAAAUACUACAGUCAUGGUCAGUGGACUUCCAUCAGGCAUAAGCGAUGUUGAUAUCAAGUUAUUAUUCAAAGAUUGUGGGACUGUUCGUGAGAUCAUUUUAAAACAAUUGAAAGGUCAAUCUGCAGCGACAGUUGAGUUCAAUAGUCGAGAUGAUGUCCUUGCUGCUCUUACUAAGGAUAAGAAGCGGAUCGAAGAUAUUGAAAUAAAUGUUGUUAUGGGAUGGUCAGCAACGCUUUAUGUCACAAACUUCCCUGAACGAACCAAAGACGAGGAAUUAAGAGCGCUAUUUGAACCAUAUGGUACAAUCUUUGAUACAAGAUGGCCUAGUCGCUCUGUGAAAACAAAUCGUCGUUUCGCUUACGUUACAUUCUUAGAUCCAACUUCAGCUCAGGCAUCUUUGGAACUUAAUGGCAGAAUUCAACAAGAUAAGCAUCCUCUUACUGUUGCUAUAUCAGAUCCAUCGAAGCGUAAAUCAAGAUCAGAUGAUUUCGUCAAUGGUUGUGAAGUGUUCGUAAGAGAGCUUGGAAAGAGGAUGUCAGAGAAUGAAUUGGUGCAAUUAUUCGAACCUUUUGGAGCUAUUAAGAACGCCAAAAUGGGAUUAAGAGAUGAUGGAAGCUGUAAAGGCUUUGCACAUGUUGAAUUUGAGAAUGCUACAUCAGCUCAGGCUGCGCUUGCUUUAAAUAAUGCUGAAAUCAAAGGAAAACAUAUUAGUGUCACAAUGUCAAACAGAAAACCAAGACAAGCAAAUGCACCAGCUAGACCUCGUUUUGGCAGAUCGAUCAGGGUUCAUAACAUACCAGAAGGCGUAAAGGAAUUUGUUUUACAACAAACUUUUGAGAAGAUCGCACCGAUCAAAAAAGUUUGGUAUAAUGAGAAUGGCAUUGAACGUGCUGCCGUUGUAGAAUUUGAAGAUGAGAAGGAAAUGUCGAAAAUCUUAUUGAUGCAGGCACCAUCAAUCAAUGGUCAAAUACUGAGUUUAUCCGAUGAAUCAGAACAUCAAAAGCCUUUGAACUUAUCUUCCAAAAGUGAUCAAUCAAAGCAACCAUCAGGUAGUUCAGCUCAGUUUGGUCAUAUGGUUCCCAGAAAUUCUAAGAAACCAAAGAUCGGUAGUCGCGGAAUCAAUCCCGUCUCACAAUCGACUGCGUCUGAUAACAACGCGAAAUCUCAAGAUGACUUUAGAAAGUUUUUGAAAUGAUUUUCCUGUAAAUCGGUAUAUGAUAUUUAAGAAUCAAACUUAAUCGACUUU